AUGGCGACCCACCGCAGCCUCCAAGACCUCGACGACGGUCGGUGCUACGGUGAGGCACAUCAGCCAGCGAUGGCACGACGAGGAGAGCAUCCUCCUUCUCCUGCCAGUGCCAUGGAAUGGAAGUUAGAUCCUUCGAGAGCAAUGGGAAGAGGCAAUGAUGGUCAUGGGUACCCACCCGGUGGCCAGGGGGGAUACCCUCCGGCAGGGUACCUGCCGCAGCAGGGAGGUUACCCUCCACAGCAAGGAUACCCGCCUGCACCUGGAGCUUACCCACCUGCACUAAAGCUCAAGGUGAAGAAGGCCAUCGAGAAGGGCAACACCGACGGCGCCCAGAUCUAUGCAGAGAGCGCCAUCCGCAAGCGCACUGAGCACAUGAACUACCUCCGCCUCGCCUCCCGCCUCGCUCCAUAUGCCCAUGAGUUCUAUGCCAUCUCGGCGGAGUACCCUGAGUUCAGCAAGAAGGACAAGACACUCGUGCUGCAGUUCACGGUGAAGCAUGAGCAAAAGCUUGUCUGCGGUGGUGGUUACAUCAAGUUGCUCGGAGGUGAUGUUGACCAAAAGAAAUUCGGUCAUGUUAUAUUUAUUAGAAUAUAUUGA